AGGGGACCCGCUGCCCACCGUGGAGUACACAGCGGAGGAAGUAUCCACAUGGACGGAGGUUUACCGGCAGCUGCGGAGUAUUUAUCCCAGUCUGGCCUGCAGGCAGUUCCUGGACGGGCUGCUGCAGCUGGAGAGAGAGUGCGGCUACGGAGAGGACCGCAUCCCGCAGCUCAGAGAGGUCUCUGCAUUCCUGAAAGAGAAAACUGGUUUCCAGUUGCGCCCAGUCGCCGGCCUGCUGUCAGCCAGAGACUUCCUCAACAGUUUGGCCUUCAGGGUGUUUCAGUGCACUCAGCACAUCCGUCACUCCUCUGCGCCCAUGCACUCCCCCGAGCCAGACUGCUGCCAUGAACUGCUCGGCCACAUCCCCAUGCUGACAGAUAAAGAAUUCGCCCAGUUUUCACAGGAGAUUGGACUGGCCUCGCUCGGAGCUUCAGAUGAAGACAUUGAAAAACUGUCAACGUUAUACUGGUUUACGGUGGAGUUCGGCCUCUGCAAGCAGAACGGGACGGUGAAAGCUUACGGCGCCGGACUGCUGUCAUCCUACGGAGAGCUUGUUUACGCUCUGUCUAAUGAGCCGGAGUACAGGACGUUUAACCCCGAGGAGACUGCAGUGCAGCCGUACCAGGACCAAACCUACCAGCCUGUUUACUUUGUGUCCGAGAGCUUCGAUGACGCAAAAACAAAGUUGAG